UUACUACUACAUUGUGUGACCGACAGUUUCCGGUCUCCUUUUUAUAUUUUGAUGUAAACAAUUUGCUAAGCUGUUCUCACUUGGAUCACAAAUUCACCUGUAAUAAAAAAUGAAAAAAUUCUUCGAGGACAUAAAGAAAGAUAUAAAAUUCAAGUCAGCGGGACCAGGAAAGAAACUCACAGAAGACGGCAGUUCCAAGCCCCAUAUGGUGCAGAGCAGUGGCCCGGCCAAGCCCCGUCAUGUUGCUCCCACUGAAGGAGCCCAAAAGGCAGGGGCUGCUGCACUGGCCAGAAUCGAGGGGCAAUCCCGUCCUCGGGUUCAAACUUCACAAGACGCCAUUCGACUGCAGGUGAAAAGAGAACUGGAGGCAGAAGCUGCAGCAGUAGCAAUGACUGAGAAGGAAAGGAAAACUACUGUUGAGGGUUCUAAUGUUAAGGAUCCAGCAUUCCUCUCGGUAAAAGGUGUGUAUUUCACUUGCCCGCUUACUGGAGCCACCCUAACUAAGAGCGAGAGAGAAGUGCACAUAAAAGAGGCCAUUUUGAUGCGAUUUGAAGAGGAUGCAGUGGAGGCUUCCAUUAUGAUGAUUCAUACCUUCAACAGAGACAGGGAAAAAGUCAAGGCUGCCGUGGACAUUAUAAGCAAGUACAUUGAAAACAUCUGUAAGAACCCCACAGAGGAGAAGUACAGAAAAAUUAAACUCAGCAACAAGGUUUUCCAGGAGAAGGUGAAGACUGUGGAAGGUAGUCGGGAGUUUCUGGAGGCUGUGGGCUUUCAGAGCAUUAUGCUGGAUGUGGAUGGACAAGAGGAGACUGAGGAGUUCUUGGUGCUGAUGGAACAUGACCCGGAGGCUCUCGAGUUGAUGAAGGAAAGGAGGGACCGGCUGCAAAGAGGACAGCCAGUCAGAGCCCAGCUGGAUCGACAGGCCCAGGCCUUCAGACCCUCUCCUAAUGCCAUGCAUUUUGAACUACCGCCCGAGUUCUACAACCUCACAGCAGAUGAGCUCAAAAGAGAACAGCAACAGAAGAGCGAGGUGGUGGACAAGAACGCCAUGCUGCGUACUAAGGCCAUGCGGGAGAGGGAGGAGCAGAGGGAGAGGAGGAAAUACAACUACACCCUGCUAAGAGUACGACUGCCUGAUGGAAACAUACUGCAGGGUACCUUUCUGGCCUGGGACAAGGUGUCUGUGCUCUUUGAGUUUGUGCGGAACUCCCUGGUGGACGGGUGGCAACCCUUUGAUCUGGUGGCGCCUGGAGGACACAAACUACGGGAGGACCAAGAGUUGGCACUGAAUGAAUGUAGCCUGGUCCCUGCUGUUCUGCUAACAUUUGCCUGGGAUGCUGCAGUUCAAGAGGACAUUGUUGCCGCAGGUGGAAAAGGCCCCACACUUCUCAAGCCAGAGCUACUGGAGAAUAUUCAGACCCUUAGCUGAGCAAAAGGAGCUGAACCGUCCCUACUACUCCUGUCCUCGUCCUAUCAUUUUCCCUUACCCGCCUUUUCUUCCUCUAUGUCUCCCCCCCAGGUUGGAGAUUACCAUGUUCUGUAGAAAACACUACUAGUACACAUUAAAGCAGGGGUUCCCAACUCCCAACCCGGGCCAUUUUACAAAAUCUUUAACCUAAAUUGCAGCAUGUUUGUGUCAUACAUCAGUAUAAAAUAUUGUAAAUACAGAGUCACUGCCUCGCAAUUCAGCUUUGUCGCUGCAAUGGCAAUUCUAAUACUGUUUGUGGUAUUCCCAGUACCUGGGGGUCUUAUAGAGGAUGUGCAAAUUGGCUCAGCAUCAUCCUGCAUUGUUGGGAAGAAUGAUGGACACGGUUGCCACAUCUCACUGUAACGAAUACUUGUGGUGAGUCAAGGGCCUGGCGAAUACUUCAUGGUUGAGCAGAAUGGCUAUCCCGUGCCUGCUGGGAGUUGAUGUGAGGAAACAUGGACAUGAUCACGAAUUGGACCUCACAAAAUUGUGGAGAACUCAUAAUGAAACAUUGGUGACCUAUAUUGGGGCACACUCCCUUGGUUGGGAAGCCCUGCAUUAAAGGAAGCUUUCUGACAGGGAUUCCUUAGAGAAAAAUAGAUAAUGCCAUUCAGUGUUUUCUGUAUUGCACUCUAAAUGUAUAGUAUGUAUUAGGGUUGUCUGAAAUGGCCCAUUUAUGCUAAUACAUAUGGUUAAGCAGUUAGAGUUCAUUUUGGGGCAAGGGAUUAUGUUGUUAUUGUCACCAUUCUGCCCUUCUCCAAAAUAUAACCUGCUUACUCAAACAAUACAGUACAUCAGGGCUCUAUGCUAAUGGAAUGUAGGUGCACCGAUCCUAAGUGCGCUGUAACAAAAAAGGUCACACAGCUAAAUAUUUGAAUAUGCACAAUGUACAGCCCUCUAUGGUAUUAGCUGUACAUUUGUUGGAGACCAGACCGGCUGUCUAGUGGUAAGGCUUCUGUUGCUUAUUUUUAAUCCAGUCUACAAUGUAAAAAUCAUUACUGCAUUUUAACAAAAAGCAUAGAUUUUAUUUACAGCGGUCACUGGCACUUUUAAAUGUUACAGCAGCAAGCAUUUCUAUUGAAGGAGGAAAUAGACAGCACUUGGGAGUUUAGAAGAGACCUUUGUCAUUUAAUAGGUCACUUGUCAUUGCUGUCUCAAAAUUACAUGACAGUUAUAUGGUAAUUAGGUCUCUUUGAUUUUGCUGUAUGUAUGCAAUCCAUAUUUGAGACCAAUGAAAUCAGAACACACGACAAUGUGCGUAGGUUUAUCCCCUAGUCUCUAUCCUGUGGUUAAUGGGAUGACAACAACCUACCUCACAGCACUUGUCCGCUACAACUCAACAUAACAUGUGCACUGCAUGCAUAAGCCAUAACUCCCCUAAUGCUUAGGUUUAGUUUAGACAUGAACAGCUCAUCUCACUACAGCAUCAAUUAGCAACAUUUGUCUGAAGAGUUUACCUAUGUGUGUGUGUGUAUGUUCCAAUAUGGUUUCGUUUUCAAAACCGUAUUUGGAUAUGACAAGAAAAUGAAGCUUAUGUUAGGUCUGUCUAGGUAUCAAAGCAGAAUCAUGUUUUGUUGCAGUUUACCCUGCCUGUAAUAAAUAAGGUUAUAUGGAUUUU